GCUCUCACUUAUUAGAGACAGACCCUGGUGAAAUUCCACUGCUCCACAGCAGCCCCUGCAUGUUAAUGUGGGGUCUUCUCUGCUGCUCUCUGAAGCCAGGUGGUAGCUCCUGCCAGCAGGAACCUCAGCAAGACUCUCUUUAAAUAGCAAACCUUAAUGUCCAAUGCAGGGCAGAGAUAUGUGGUGAUGAGAGAUAGGGCUCUCUGGGCAAGACACCAGCAGGUUCCCGUGCCCUGGGGAAGGAGAGCACUUGCUCAGGUGCAAACACCCUUGUACACAAAGUCAUGCAUGACAGCAUCUCCCUGCCAGGCCUGGCCUUGUGCUUGCACCCCUUAUGAGUCUAUUUUCUCAUCCUUGGGCAGGCAGUGGGGCUGAGAGCCAUGGGCUCGUUGUCAUGCCAUGACUCACUGGGGAUGCUGUUGCCCCAGCAAUGGCUGAGGAGCCAGCAGCAUCUUUGAUGGGGUGAUGUGAGAUCUCUUGGGGAGGGUGAAAUGCUCUGCAAGGCAACACAGCAUCAGCAAGGUCUGGGGGUGGAAAACACCCCGCGGGGUUUGACCCUCUCUUCCUAUGCUGCGUUCAAACCACAUGAGGUGUCCUGCACGGCUGCUCCUUGUGCCUGUCUUCUGCUCUAUGCAGGUCUCUGGGGCAGGGUUUGUGCCCAUGGUCUCUUCACAUGGAGGAUGAUGGCCAAGAAUAACGGUCUGCAGAGCUCACCGGCCAACCACCACCCCUGCCCACCCGGGCAAGCCCGAGUGGAGGGGACAGGGCUCACCACGAGGACCUGCUCAACCCCAGCUGACACCUCAGAGCUGCAGAGAGGAACUCCCUCGAAUGGAGGGGAGCAGCCGCCUGCCUCUGCCUUCCAAGGCAGGAGAACCUUGGCCAGGAUAGUCCGGCUGGUGAUGGUGCUGAGGGACUGGGCCAGCAGGAGCUUGCACGAGGAGCAGCAAAAGCCAGACCCCUUCCUUGAGCGCUUCCAGGGCACCGAGUUCCAGGCAGCGGCUGCCAGAAUCGCCAGUGACCUACAGGAUGAGGAGACCGAGGAGGGAAACAAGAAGAAGAAAUGGCAGAUCUUUGUGGUGGACCCUGCAGGGGACUGGUAUUACUGCUGGCUGGCUGUCAUUGCAGUUCCUGUCCUCUAUAACUGGUGCUUGCUCGUAGCCAGGGCUUGCUUCAAUGACCUGCAAGAGACCUAUGUUGUCCUCUGGCUGGUGUUAGACUACGUCUCGGACUCUAUCUACAUUGGGGACAUAGUGAUCCGCCUGCGCACAGGUUUCUUGGAACAGGGGCUCCUGGUUAAGGACACGAAGAAGUUACGGGAUAACUACAUCCAUACCUUACAGUUCAAGCUGGAUGUUCUCUCCAUCCUGCCCACAGACCUGGUGUACUUCACUGUGGGAUUGCACUGCCCUGAGUUGCGUUUCAACAGGCUGCUCCGCUUCUCCCGCAUGUUUGAGUUCUUCAAUAGGACCGAGACCAGAACCAGCCACCCCAACAUCUUCCGCAUCAGCAACUUGGUUCUUUACAUCCUGGUCAUCAUCCACUGGAAUGCAUGCAUAUAUUAUGCCAUCUCCAAGGCCAUAGGGCUUGGAAAGGACAGCUGGGUCUAUCCCAACAUCACAGACCCUGAAUACAGUAAUCUGACCCUGGGGUACGUCUACUGUCUCUACUGGUCUACCUUGACUUUGACUACUAUUGGAGAGACCCCUCCGCCUGUGACUGAUGAAGAAUACCUCUUUGUGAUCUUUGAUUUCCUCAUCGGUGUCCUCAUCUUUGCCACCAUUGUGGGGAAUGUGGGAUCCAUGAUAUCUAACAUGAAUGCCACUAGGGCAGAGUUCCAGGCAAAAGUUGAUGCUAUCAAACACUACAUGCAGUUCCACAAGGUGAGCAGAGACAUGGAAACCAAAGUCAUCAAGUGGUUUGACUAUGUGUGGACCAACAAGAAAGCAGUAGACGAACGGGAAGUCCUCAAGAAUCUCCCUGAUAAGUUAAGGGCAGAGAUUGCCAUCAACGUUCACCUGGAGACACUGAAGAAGGUGAGGAUAUUCCAGAACUGUGAGGCUGAUCUACUGGUGGAGCUGGUGCUGAAGCUUCGCCCUCAGGUGUUCAGCCCAGGGGAUUACAUUUGCCGGAAAGGGGACAUUGGGAAAGAGAUGUAUAUCAUCAAGGAGGGGAAGCUGGCUGUGGUGGGAGAUGAUGGAACGACACAGUAUGCUUUGCUCACUGCAGGAAGCUGCUUUGGUGAGAUCAGCAUCCUCAACAUUAAAGGCAGCAAAAUGGGCAACAGGCGCACAGCCAACAUCCGUAGCUUGGGAUACUCUGAUCUCUUCUGCUUGUCAAAGGAAGAUCUUAUGGAAGCAGUCACAGAGUAUCCUGAUGCCAAAAGGAUCUUGGAGGAGCGUGGUCGGGAGAUACUGAUCAAGGAAGGGCUGCUGGAUGAGACGGCUACAGAAGAAAGCACGGAAGGGAAGAGCAUGGAGGAGAGGCUGGACAGUCUGGCCUUGAACUUGGACACACUGCACACACGCUUUGGCCGGGUCCUGACAGAGUACAAUGAUGCCCAGAAGAAACUCAAGCAGCGCAUCACUGUUCUGGAGUCCAAGAUGAGGCAGCAGGAUCUGGAGGACUUCUCUGAUAGCUCAGACAGUCUGCUUGAGGAUGAGGUGAAAGCUUUACUUGGUGGGACACCAUGAGGAGGUGCAGAGGUCAGCUGGGUGAUGUCUGGCCUUCUGCUGAGACAGUGUUUGCUAUUUCACAAUGCAGAUCCUAAGGCUGCCUUGCCAGGGACUUCCCUCAGGUCCUUAGCAUUGCUGCUGCCACUGCCUUGAUGGCAGCUCCUGAGAUGGCCCCAAAUGAGGUGAUUGUCCUAGCUCCUCCUCUGGCCUGUCGCUUUUCAUCUGAGACCUGGGACUUGGAUCACUAAAAAGAGGAGAAUGGCUAGUGCCACUGCUAACAUUUCCUUCCAGCUUCUGCAGGAGGUCUAUGCCCAUCACAUCUUCUUCCUCCUAUUUGCCUUAGUAGAAGGUGGGACGUGAAGGUUGCAUGGAGGGGUACCUGGAAAAGUUUACCUCCCAUGUAUGUUGUGGUGGUCAAAUCACCCUGAAAUUAGAAAUUGGGGUAAGAUAAAAAGUUUUUUAUCAUCUCUAAAUUAAAUUGUAGGG